AUGACAAAAAAGAGGAAGAGGUACCCAGAUCUCAACCAAAAGCUCGAGCGACCAUGGUGCUUCUACUGCGAGCGCGACUUCGACGAUCUGAAGAUUCUCAUAUCGCAUCAGAAAGCGAAGCAUUUCAAAUGCGAGAAAUGCGGUCGCCGUCUGAACACAGCUGGAGGUCUUAAUGUGCACAUGACACAAGUCCACAAGGAGCAGCUGAACCAGGUUGAGAAUGCGAUUGCUGGCCGCGGCGGCCUCGAUAUCGAGAUCUUUGGCAUGGAGGGUGUCCCGCCUGAGAUCAUCGACCAGCACAACCAGCAGGUCACGCAGCAGCAUUUCGCAGACGAGCGUGCGCGACAGCAGGCUACGGGUAAUCCGACGCGGGGCUCUGGCAUGAACGGCACGGCGAACAAGCGCGCGAAGAAGAAUGAAACGCUCGAGGAGAUUCAAGAACGCGCGGAGAAGUUUAGGAUAGACAGGGCGAACGGCGUGCUGCCGCCGCCUGCUGCGGAGGUCAAACUCGAGCCGACUCCUCCAGCCGCUCAACCCUUUGCAUCACCGCCUGGUUCGUUCCCGCCCGGCCAAUUCCCACCUGGCGCAGCUCCUCCCGCACAACCAGGCAGCAUCCCUGGCGGUUCAGGACUUCCACAACGGCCCGGCUUUGGCGCACCACCUCCAGGCGCCUUCCCGCCGAAUGGUGCACCGGCCGGUGCAGACUUCAAUGCCUCGCUUGACGAUCUUAUAGCGGAUGCGCAGAAGCCUCCUACGGCCGAGACUCCGGCGGAAAAGAAGAGCAAGAAGGAUAAAAAUAUCAAAUUGGUUUUCUUCGAUGAUAUUGUUAGUCCAGAGGAAAAGAUGGCGCUCCUGCCGAGGUACGCGGAGUUUGCGCGUGUGUGA